UCGUCCGGAGCCCAAUGAGCGGGUUCAGUGCCGCCUGCCGGUGCCGGGGAGACGGGACUGGUGCUGAGACUCCGCCGCAGCAGCGCGUCAGCAGGACCGGACCGUGAACCCGGAGACGGCUACACAGCGAGCGGAAGGAGACGGCAGGAUGGAGCGGAUGUCUGAUGAGGCGCUGAGGUUAAAUCUGUUAAAGAGAGGCCUGGAGUCGCCCAGCGAGCGCGAGGAAGCGCUGGCCAAGCGCCUCAAGAUGGAGGGCCACGAGGCCAUGGAGCGCCUGAAGAUGCUGGCCCUGCUCAAACGGAAGGACCUGGCCGACCUGGCGGCCCUGGAGGUCCCGGGGGGCCUGGGAGAUGGGAAGGGCCCCGGGGCCAGCGCCCUCCACCACCAAAGCCUGAUGGGAGCUGCGUACGAGGAGAAGAUGAACGGGAGCCUGCGGUUCGGCGGCCACGGCGGCCACGGCGGCCACGGGGGCCACGGCGGCCAUGGUGGCCAUGGUGGCCACGGGGGGCACGGGGGCCACGGCGCCCACGUCGGGCCCAGUAAGAACGGGAAGGAGAACAUCAUGGACGAGCCGGUGGACAUGAGCGCCGGGAGAAGAUGUGAAGCCGACCGCGACAGACGAACUCCGUCUCCAGACGUCAUCAUCCUGUCGGACAACGAGGCGUCCAGCCCCAGAACCACGCCCCGCCCCGAGGAACGGCUCCACCAGGCCAACCUGGACAUGUUCAAGGGGAAGACUGGAGAGGAGCGGCAGCAGAUGAUCAAAGCUCUGCGGGAGGAGCUCCGUCUGGAGGAGGCCCGUCUGGUGCUGCUCAAGAAGCUCAGGCAGAGCCAGAUGCAGAAGGAGAACGUGGUGCAGAAGGUCCCAGUGGUCCAGAGCUCUGCGUCCUCCGUUCAGCCUCCACAGCUCCACGGCUCUUCAGGUCUAGGGAAGAUACCGGUGAGACCCGGGAUGCACGGCGCCGAGCCCCAGAACCUCCGCACGGCACAGGGUCACACAGUCAUCCGCUCAGCGAACGCCAACCUGCCCUCCAUGUUGAUGUCGCAGCGAGUGAUCGCCCCCAACCCCUCCCAGCUGCAGGGCCAGCGGCUGUCGUCCAAACCCGGGAUGAACCGCUCCAGCUCCAGCAGCAUCGCCAACGCCGUCAGCUACCAACAGGCCAGCCAGCAGGUGGCAGCCUCCCAGCGCUCCGGCUCCAGCGCCAUGUACAUGAACCUGGCCCACAUGCAGGCGGCGGCGGCGGUGGGCGCCGGGGGCGUGACGGCCGGGCUGGGCGGGGCCUCGGCCGUCAGCCCGUCCACCAUGUCCGGCUCUGCCAGCGGCGGCGUCAGCUCCAUGGCCGACCAGGCCAGCAGCCAGGCGGCAGCCAAGCUGGCCCUGAGGAAGCAGCUGGAGAAGACCCUGCUGGAGAUCCCCCCACCCAAACCCCCGGCCCCGCUGCUCCACUUCCUGCCCUCCGCUGCCAACAGCGAGUUCAUCUACAUGGUGGGCUUGGAGGAGGUGGUCCAGAGCGUGCUGGACAGUCAGGGUAAACUCCGAGGGAACCUGGCACGGAUGGAGCCCUUCUUCUGUGCUCAGUGCAGGACCGACUUCACCCCCCACUGGAAGCAGGAGAAGAGUGGGCGGAUCCUGUGUGAGCAGUGCAUGACGUCCAAUCAGAAGAAGGCCCUGAAGGCGGAGCACACCAACCGGCUGAAGAACGCCUUCGUGAAGGCGCUGCAGCAGGAGCAGGAGAUCGAGCAGAGGCUCCAGCAGCAGGCCACCCUGUCUCCCAGCUCCGCUGCUACCGGCUCCAGUGGCUCCAAGAGCGACGGCCUGAUGCGGCAACACGCCCUCCGCCAGGCCCCCCAGCCCCAGGCCUCCCUGCAGCGAGGCCUGUCCAACUCUGCCCGAGGGGUCCUGUCCAACUUCGCCCAGGCCUCCCAGCUGUCCGUGGCCAGCAGCCUGAUGGGGAUGACCGGAGGGAAACACUGCGGCGGCGGCGGAGGAGGCGGCGGGAGCAGCAACCGGCUGCAGCACGACAGCCGCCGUCAAAUCUACAACAUCCCAGGGUUGAAUAUUGCGUAUCUGAAUCCUGCGGCGGUCGGAGCCCACAAGAGCUCGAGCUUAGCGGACCGGCAGAGGGAGUACCUGUUGGACAUGAUCCCGCCCCGGUCCAUAUCCCAGUCCAUCAGCGGGCAGAAAUGAGCCCUGCUCCUCCCUCGUUUCCCCAGAUCGGAGGCUUUCCCGGAUCCACCCGUAUUCCCAUCUCACAUUUCCAUCGCAUGCAGUGCCUGUCCGUGUGCCUACCUGAACCCAUGACGACCUGAAACGGUGGACAAACACAAACUGUCAGUGCAUCUCAGUUGUUCUUAUUAUACAACCCCUCUUCUUCUUGAAUUCCCUUUAUUAUUGCUGGCGGGGCUCUAUUAUACCUGCACCUGCCAGUUUUCCAGCUCUUAUUACCCAUGAGGCUUUUUUUCGGUUCUAAGUGUUGUUUCUGUUGCUUUAGUGGAGACGGCGAGCCGUUGUUAGCUUGCUAAGGUCAUUUACACUUUGAGUUUUUUCUGUCCGCUCACUCCCAGCACUCGGACUAUUCUUGGAUCUGAGUUUUGCAAGUUUCUAAAAUCAGAAGUUCUUUAUUUACCCGCAAAUUUUCGGUAUAUAAUCCGAAACCUUUUUUUUUUUUGUGUUUAAUUGAAUAUUUUUCAGAUUUUUUAGACUUUGCAAAUGAUUCAAAUCAGUUUUUAGCGCUAAUUUGCAAAUUUAUGAAGUCAUUUAUUUUUUCACAAAUUUUUGACUUGAUUUUUUUUAUUUAUUGCAAAUUUGCAAGUUAAAAGUGGGAAAAGAAAUAGCUUCCCCUCAAAAUCUGCGCGUGUGGUCAGACAUUUCCUACAAACCCAUAAAUUCAAAGUUUCUGGGCUUUUUCACAAACAUUUGAGCUGAUGAUUAUUUUAUUUAAAUUUUUUUUUCAAAUUUGCGAGUUUAUAAAGAUGCAGUAUAAUUUUUUUUUGUUGAUCCAAACUUGCUGGUUUAUAACAUCAGCUUUCUUUUUUUCCCCAAGUGCUCGUUUCCAUGUUUUUGUUCUUUUCCUGGUGAGUCAUUGUGAACUUGCUCAGAUCAUUUACACAUGUUCCUCCCCCGUACGCGCCCCAACACCCGGACUAUUGCUAACAGAAGAUCAACAGGGUGCACUCUGGUUGCUAUGCAACAUAAAGUUUAACAACUCUCAGCUUUGUCGGAAGCAUUAGUUUGCUCACUUGGAUACGACAAAGUGGAAAAACCCCCAACGCGACGAUGUGGAGCCCUGCUCGCUCUUGGAAAGAGCAUGCCAUUCUGAAAAUGGAAAGUUAGGGAGCAGAGCACUUGUGAUUUGGUCGUCUCGCUGGAAGGUUCCCGUUUCAAGAGCCAUCACCACGUCGAUGCACAUCUGAAAGUUCUGGAGGCCCCUCAGCUGCCACCACCGGAGCUCUCUAACUGGAAAAGACUGAGGAAGGUGCAGAUGGGAAGGGGAUUGAGUGUGGUUUCCUGCACCUCCACCUUUCGUCAUCGACGGGUUUUCACGUUCUUCAUUUCAGGACGAGGCAGCAGAGAGGAGGGAGCGACCCGGAGGACCUCGCCCUCCCAUCCCUCGGUGCCACCAUCCUUCAUGACAUUGCUUAUUCAGGAUACGUUCCUCUGUCCCUCCUGGAGCUCCAUCCCAUCCCACCUGGACGUCCAGGUCCUGACGUGUCCUCAUGUCCUCUCUAAACACUCCCCCUUUUGGUUUGUUGCUUUUUUUUUCCUUUUGUGGCGGCGUCUCCUGAUGAAUCUGUGGCAGACCUGAGAGGUGUUGCCCACGGAGACGAUAAUCAACCUGAAACAGAAACUUUUGAAUGAUCUGUAUGGAUUGUGUAUAGAUACGAGCGGAACAUGGAUCAAUCAUUGUGUGCGCAUUCCGCACACAAGUUGCCUCACUCCAGAGGAGCACUUUUCAUAUUUCCAAUUGGAAAUUUUUGUUUGUUUGUUUCUAUUCUCUUUCUUUUUUCUCUCUUGGUUUUCGGUGAGGAGGAAUGUUGGAAUGGAGAGGUCCCCACUCUUGUAGACUGCAUCCAGGCGGGUUAUUGUCUGAUGAACGGUUCCACACUAAUGUAAUCAGUAAGUGUUGGGGCCCGGAGCGGGCCCCACAUGGCCCAGACACGCCCAGCCUGUACACAGAUCUGCUGCACGUCAUGAACCAGCAUCAGCUCAGGCGUCCACUGUCUGGAAAACAGCAACGACUCAGAAGUCAGUUCAGGUCGUGUCAUUUCAUUUUCAAGUUCUAAUUUCAUUGCAGCGCCACAAUCACAGGGUUUCUGACUUUAGUUGACUUCGGCCGUUUUAACCACAGAGUGCAGAUGUUUGUGGGAGCGAAGGGGAGAAGACGAUGAUCCAGACACCAGACUGGAGAUGUUUAACACUCCACCUUCCAUGUGAAGUGAGGCUGGGGAAUUUUAGAAAUAUUCCAAAUUGGAAAUUUUAAAUCGGAAUUGACUGUAAUUUAUGGGAAUAAAUUAGGAUUAAUUAAUUUAUAAUAUGGAAAUGAGAAUAUAUAUAUUUGGUACAAGUAAGCAAAAUGACAUUUUUUAUGUUUUAUUUGCAACUUGAAUGGAUACACAAACUAAAC